AUGGCAUUUUUCUCCAAUAUGGUCUUCGAGGGAACUGUAAUCCUUUACUUCCUACAACAUUUAUUAAUAAUCUCUGCAACAGGUCUUUCUGUUCACCAACACCAUUUCCCAUUUCGCCACUCUCUGGAAACAGAUAAAGCGGCACUCUUGGCGUUCAAAGGGAGCAUAUCAUUUGAUCCAUACUCCAGACUUGCAAACUGGAAUGAGACCACUCAUGUGUGCCGCUUCACUGGCAUUGCAUGCGACGGACGGCAUCAUCAUCGUGUUGUGAGGCUUAAUCUCAAUGAUUCUCGUCUUGUUGGUAGACUUUCGCCAUUCAUAUCAAACCUAACACAGCUGCGAGUGAUAGAGCUAGUCAAUAACCAGUUCUCUGGCUUCAUUCCAUCAGAGUUUGGCUUCCUUCGUAACCUUCAUCAUAUCAAGCUUGACGGCAACAAUUUGUGUGGUCCAAUCCCAGAGACGUUCUCUUUUCUUGCCAACCUUACAUUGGUCGCUCUGAGUGGAAAUAACUUGAGUGGUACAAUUCCACCUUCGUUCUUUUCCAACUGCACAUCAUUGCACAAUGUAGACCUCUCUGAGAAUUUUCUGAGUGGCAAAAUUCCGGCUGAAAUUGGAAGUUGCCCAAAAUUAUGGACUCUCAACAUUUACAGCAACCAACUCGAAGGAGAAAUCCCUUCCUCUAUAACCAAUGCCUCAGAACUAUUCAACUUCGAUGCUGAAAACAACCAACUUUCUGGUGAACUGCCCGUGGACGUAGUUUCAAAGCUAUAUAGCAUCAACUAUCUUCAUUUGUCAUACAAUAAUAUGAUCAGUCAAGAUGCCAACACUAAUCUGGAACCUUUCUUUACUGCCCUGUCAAAUUGCAGCGAACUGGAGGAGCUGGAAUUAGCUGGCAUGCGCCUCGGAGGGAGCUUGCCUUAUUCCAUUGGAGGAGUUACUAAAACACUUGCGAUUUUGUUGCUGCAGGAAAAUCAUAUACACGGGUCAAUUCCUCCUCAGAUUGCACACCUGUCCAAUCUCAAACUGAUGAAUUUGACACUCAACCAGUUUAAUGGUACCAUUCCAGAUGAAAUUGGUCAGUUAUCAUAUUUGGAACGACUUUCUCUAUCAUUUAACUCCUUUUCUGGGGAGAUUCCAGCAGCGUUAGGACAGUUGUCUCGUCUGGGCCUGCUUGAUCUGUCAAAUAAUCAACUCUCGGGUAAGAUCCCCGAAAGUUUUGGAGAUCUAGUGAACAUAUAUUAUUUAUUCCUCAACAACAACCUUCUGUCGGGAAAAAUACCAAGAAGUUUAGGGAAGUGCAGGGAUUUAAACAAGCUAGACCUGUCGUAUAACAAACUGACAGGAAGCAUACCUCCAGAAAUGGGAAUCCGUGGGAUAGCGAUUUUCCUGAAUCUUUCUCAUAAUCAGCUAGAAGGACACAUUCCUAUUGAGUUAAGCAAGCUUGAAAACGUCCAAGAGAUUGAUCUUUCAUCAAAUCAGCUAGGGGGAAUUAUAUUUGUUCAGAUUUCAAGCUGCAUUGCUUUGCAGACAAUAAAUUUGUCAAAUAAUUUUCUUGAAGGUCAGCUUCCUGAAUCCCUAGGUGAGCUCUGGAGCCUUAAAGUUGUAGAUGUUGCAUGGAACAAGUUGUCUGGGAGGAUUCCAACAAGCUUGAACAAAGUCAGUACUCUUACUUUUCUGAAUCUCUCAUUCAACAACUUCGAUGGACGAAUACCCACUGGAGGCAUAUUUGACUUUGCCACGAACUUAUCAUUUGUGGGCAAUCAGCAUCUCUGUGGGAUUAUUCCUGGAUUUCCAACUUGCCACCAGAAACUGGAAUUUUUCCACUCGCAUCUGUUUCUGAUCAUCUUAUGUUCAGUCGUAUCUGUAUCAAUGUUCUUGUCAACGAUAUGCUGUGUCAUUGGAUGUCAGAGACUCAAAGUAUUAAUUGGCUCUACUAGUCAGCCUGAAAGAGAAAACCAAAUGCCCCCAGAAGUGAUGCACAAUUUUCCAAGAAUUACCUAUAAAGAACUGGCAGAGGCAACCGGAGGAUUUGAAGACCAGAGGCUGAUUGGAUCAGGCAGCUAUGGACGCGUCUACAAGGGAGUUCUACCAGAUGGCACAUCCAUAGCUGUCAAGGUUCUGCAUUUACAAACUGGCAAUUCUACCAAGAGUUUUAACAGAGAAUGCCAAGUAUUAAAAAGGAUUCGUCAUAGGAACCUGAUGAGAAUUAUUACCGCAUGUAGUUUGCCUGACUUCAAGGCCCUUGUUCUUCCCUAUAUGGCAAAUGGGAGCUUAGAUAGUCGUCUCUACCCCCACCCAAGAACGGGUCUAAGUUCGGGCUCCUCGGACUUGAGUCUCCUGCAGAGGAUUAAUAUUUGCAGUGAUAUUGCAGAAGGGAUGGCUUAUCUACACCAUCAUUCUCCUGUAAAAGUCAUACAUUGUGAUCUAAAGCCAAGCAAUGUUCUUCUCAAUGAUGACAUGACAGCUUUAGUCUCUGACUUUGGGAUAGCAAGAUUGGUUAUGACAAUUGGUGCAGGAAAUGCUGGGGUAAUGGAGAAUAUGGGUAACUCUACUGCUAACUUAUUGCGUGGUUCUGUUGGAUAUAUUGCACCAGAUGACAUGUUUGUUGGUGGUCUAAGCCUGCACAGAUAUGUAAAAUGUUAUUAUCAUAGAGAGGUUGAGAAAAUUGUAGACUCCUCAUUGAUAAGAGCUGUAAAAGACGAGACUCCCGAAGUCAAGAAAAUGUCGGAGGUUGCUAUAGGAGAACUAAUUGAACUGGGCAUUCUUUGCACUCAGGAUUCUCCCUCUGCGAGGCCUACAAUGCUCGAUGCUGCAGAUGAUUUGAAUCGCCUGAAGAAAUACUUAGGUGGGGAUACCACUGCAACUUUUGCCUCAUCUCUCGGAAUAUCAUCAUCCACUUUUAGUAGUGAUUGGUGAUUGUGUUGAUUUAGUUCAAUUAAGCUUCUUACAACAAAACUCAUUGACUUUUUUCA